GCCAUGGGGAGAGAUGCAAGCUAAGAGUCAUACUUAUUUGAACUAUCCAAUAGCGUCACCUGCAGCGCAAGGGUUUAUGUUGUGUCUCUGAUUGAAGAAGUAAAAAAAAAAGUAAAGUUGGCUGCAUGGAAAUGACGAUGACCUUCAAGGCAGAGCAAUGAAGUUUUAAAGGGAAAAUAGUGGUGUUUUUUUCUCCUAUCGUUAUAUUGUCUUAGAAUGCUUGUAAUGCAGUUCAACUUAAUCAAUCUUCUGUUUACAAUGAUUGGAUAACUUCUUAUGCCCUUUCAUUCUUCAUUUUAUUUCUUUAUGCGAUUGUUUUCUUUCUUUACUGCAUACUCGCCCAUCGUUUACACUAUACAAGCGUGUGAGAGCGGUGCAUCGUUAUCUUUCUUCUCAUCUCUUCACGAACGAUAUUAAAAGUAAGCGAGGACUCAAUUAGGCGUAAGUGAAUCAACCCGAGAGAAGCGACUAAGCGACAGGUACCUCGUAAAAACGAUUUCAUGGCUCGUGGGUACAGUGUUAAUCGCAGCAGAAGCAAAAGGCCUACAUUACGCCUUAAGCGAGAGCGCUCCGUCUCCAUUCAGAAGCUACGACACGAGCUGCAACAACGUGGUGAUUCGAAAGCCGAUGGGCAGUCUAGCAAGCAACAGGAAGGGGCGCGCGCCGAAAUCGCGGAUAUGAGCGAUAGGCAAGAAAAGGAGAAGCCCUCUACCGGUCUCACAUCACGCGGCCAGACUCCUCGCGUCCUCAAACGUCGGAAAGUGGAAGGAGGGGAGGAUGCGGAUCGCCUGCAGCGGCUGCGCUCCGCAUCGGCCGCGUCUUCACAUCUUCGGGCGCGCCUUGCCGUUUUGGAGGCGGAUUUGGAGGAAGAUAUGGAGGCGAGUGAGGACGAAAGGGAAACCGUUUACAAGGCGGAAGUUAUGGCCAAGUACAAGGCUGCAGGCCAGGUUGUGGACGAGGUCCUUGACGUCGUCUCUCAGGCGUGUGUGGUGGGUGCUAAUGUCAAGGAGCUGUGCGACCUAGGCGACGCGGAGAUCCUCGCCCGCCUCAAGGGGCUCUUUACGAAGUCGAAGGAUGAACAGGGGAAGAAAAUCGCCAAGGGUAUUUCCUACCCAACCAAUAUAUCCAUAGAUGAUGUCUUGUGCAAUUACUCGCCAUUUCGCGCCGAAGAGGCCGCUCUGUUGCGUGGUGCGCAGGUUGUGAAGAUCCACCUUGGUUGCCAUAUUGACGGCUAUCCUGCCAGUGCGGCCCGGACAGUUGUGGUGCCCUAUGACCGCGAGGCCUCCGCCCAAUUCCUCAACGAAGAGGAAGGGGAAAAAACCAAAAAGGCUGUCAAGUCGCGCACCAAAAACGGUGAGGCAACGGACCAUGCUCAGGAAAGCCGUGGGCUGCUCAAUCAUGCCGCAAGCCAGGCUAUUGAGGCCGCCCGUGUGGCGCUUCUCGGUCUCACCCAUCUUCUCCGCCCGGAUGCCCUCAACGCCGACCUCACCGAUUUCAUAGCGAGCGUCGGUGGGCACUACGGCGUCGAGGCCGUGGAGGGGGUUCUGUCGAACCGAACGAAGCGCUGGGUGCUGGAUGGCAUGGACUGCAUCAUCAACCGACGCAUUGUUUCGACCACCCCACAGCAGGACGUGGCGGACUGUCGAGUUCAGCCCUACCAGGUGUGGACCUUGGAUGUCGCCUUCACCAAUAACAACACCUACCGCCUGACGCCAACUCUCGAUGCGCCGUCGAUCUUCCGUCGGACCCCCGAAGACUUCCUGUGCGAUGCCCAUGUGAAGCAUGCCAAUCAUGUUUUGCAAGAAAUUAACAAUCAUCACUUUUGCUUCCCCUUCCACUUCAAAUCCAUGGCGGAGCCUUUGAAGGCAAAAAUGGGGAUCAACGUGUUGGUCCGGCAUGGUGCCGUCGACCCACUCCCGUGCUUGCGGGCGAAAGGGGGGCGCUGCAUCACGGCGCGCUUUUCCGCGACGGUUGCGGUGACGAAAAAGCGAAUAACGGUGCUGUGUGGAUUGCCGCCGGCGCAAUCACCUCUUUUGAGUGAUCCGGCGCUGCGCCCGAAGGAGAUGACAGCCGCGAUGGCAAGGAUUCUUUCGUCGUCGAUGGUGCUUGCGCACGGUUUGGGCGAGGCUAAUAAUAAAGGUGAUAAUGUAGCAGAGAGUGAGGUGUGA